AUGAGGUGUUCAAAUGUAGUUGUAUUGGUGAUUCUUUCAUGUAUUUUCUUCGCUUCAAGUACCCAUCAGUUAAGAAGCUAUGAAACACAAAUUCUUCACCAGCUGAGGAAGCACUUGGAGUACCCAAUGCCGUUGGCUAAUUGGGAAAAUUACAAUGGCGAUUUAUGUAAUUUGUCUUCCCCUCCACAAAUGAGCAUCAAAUGUGAGAACAACUCUGUUAUCGAGCUCAGAAUUAUGGGAGAUAACUCAGUUAAGGGCAGUGAAUUCAAUGGAUUCGCAAUUCCAAAUCAAACUUUGUCUCGGAGUUUCUCUAUUGAUUCUUUGGUCACUACAUUGACAAGGUUAACUAGCUUAAGGGUUCUUAGCUUAGUGUCUCUGGGGAUUUGGGGACCUCUUCCUGACAAAAUUCACCGGUUAGAUUCCCUUGAAGCUUUGGAUAUGAGUUCGAAUUUUAUAUUUGGUUUGAUUCCAUCAAAGAUGUCUAGAAUGGUGAAGCUUCAGACUUUUAGAUUGGAUGGGAAUUUUUUCAAUGAUACAAUCCCCGAAUGGCUUGAUUCUCUAACAAAUCUCACUGUUUUAAGCUUAAAGAACAACAGGUUGACGGGCCAGAUUCCUUCUACAGUCUCCAGAAUAAAAACACUGACCGAAGUUGUUUUGUCACACAAUUUGCUUUCUGGAAAAUUGCCUGAUUUGAGUGGCUUGUCUAAUUUACAACUAUUGGAUAUGAGAGAGAACCAUUUGGAUUCCCAAUUGCCUCCUCUUCCAAAAGGACUGACUAAUAUUUUUCUCAGCAACAAUUUAUUUUCUGGUAGUAUCCCUGAACAACUUGGUGAAUUGAAUGAACUUCAGCGUCUAGAUUUAUCUAACAAUCAUCUGGGUGGAAUGCCGCCUACGGAGUUGUUCUCUUUGCCAAAUAUUAGUUACUUGAACUUAUCAUCCAACAUGCUUAGUGGUUCACUUCUGCAGCAUCUCAAGUGUGGGGACGCACUUAGUCUUGUCGAUCUUUCAGAUAACAGAUUGAUAGGUGCGCUUCCAACUUGCCUGGACAUUGAUUCGGAUAAGAGAGUUGUGAAGAUUCGUGGGAAUUGCUUCUCGUUUGAUAUCAGAAAUCAGCAUCCUGAGUCAUAUUGCAAAAACACUGACAAAGAUAAAGGACUGUCUUCUGGAAAGAAAAUAGCCAUAUUUGCCACUGUAAUUGGGGUGAUUGUUAUUAUUGUUGUACUCCUCUUGGUUGCUGGGCUGCUCCUUUUCUGUAAAAGACACCAUACAGAGAGGACAGUGGUUCAGCACGUUACACGAAAGACCAUGCAAGGUGAUUCGCCUCUAGGGAUUUCCGCUGAACUCCUUGCAAAUGCCAGGAUCAUUUCUCAAGCGGCAAAACUUGGGACACAGAGUGCUCCAGCAUAUAGGGUGUUUUCCAUUGAAGAACUGGGAGAGGCCACUGACAAUUUUGAUCCGUUAGCUUUCCUGGGUGAGAGCUCUAUGGGAAAGGUUUACAAAGGAAGAUUAGAGAAUGGAACCUAUGUUGCUAUACGAUCUUUGGCUUUAUGUAGAAAAUAUUCUAUUCAGAACCUCAAACAACGCUUGGAUUUGCUCUCGAAGCUCCGGCAUCCUCAUCUUGUAGGCCUUUUAGGUCAUUGCAUUGAUGGUCGAAAGCAGGAAGAUUCAUCUGUCCAUAGAUUGCUCCUCGUGUACGAAUUUGUCCCUAAUGGAAACUUCCAUGCUCACCUUUCAGACACUAGUCCUGAGAAAGCUCUGAAGUGGUCGGAUAGAUUAGGUGUGCUUAUUGGUGUUGCCAAGGCUGUGCAUUUUCUACAUACUGGGGUGAUUCCCCCAUGUUACCACAACCGACUGAAGACAAAUAAUGUACUCCUGGAUGAGCACCGGAUUGCAAAGCUUAGUGAUUACGGGAUGUCCAUAAUCACAGAUGAAACUGAAAAGGCUGAAGCUAAGGGGGAUGGCUCCAGAUCAUGGCAUUCGACUAAGUCAGAGAAUGAUGUUUACAACUUUGGAUUCAUAUUGCUCGAGUCACUUGUGGGUCCUAUUGCAAGCGGAAGAGGAGAAGCAUUUUUGCUUAAUGAAAUGACGUCUUUUGGCAGUCAAGAUGGUAGGCGCAAAAUUGUGGAUCCAAUUGUGUUAUCCACUAGUUCACAAGAGUCGUUGUCAAUUGUGGUAUCCUUAACCAAUAAAUGUAUUUUACCCAAAUCUUCAAGCCGGCCCUCAUUUGAGGAUGUCCUUUGGAAUCUACAAUAUGCAGCUCAAGUUCAGGCUACUGCAGAUUCAGAUCAGAAAUCAGAUACUACGUCACAGUCAGAACUUCAAUUGAGAUAA